GCCAUCCUAGAAGCGACACAGACCGAGAGGGGAGGCCAUGAAACCCGGCCGAGGAGCGCGGAGAACAGGGGGCGACGGAUGGGGGGCGGCCGAGGUGGGGGGAACAAAGGCAGAAACCGUCCCUCACGGAGCUGCCCCCCCAAUUCCCCGCCACCCCCCCCGCUCUUCAGCGCCGCCCAGCUGCUCAGCCGGCCACCGUCCCCGUCCGCCCGGGCCCACCCGCCAGCCCUGUCACUCGCAGCCCCUCCUCACGGCUCACCCCGCACGGGUCCCCGCCGCCGCUGCCGCCACUCCUCUUCCUCCGCCACCACCGCCGCCUCCUUCGCAGCCGCGGCAGCCUCCACAGCCGCCAAGGUUCUCACUCAGCCGCCGUCGCCGUAAAGCGCCUCAGCUGUUACCCCGGGGAUACACCAGGCAGAAUGGAGAAACUGAGACAUCCUGGCAAAUUUGAUGAGGUCCCCAAGGUCUCUAAUUUGGAAUACGUCCUCUAGCAACGACCUGAGGCUUAACAUCUGCUGAUUCUGUGCUACUGAUAUUUGAAGGUCGACUUUUGAACAGAGCGUUUUGUGAACAUAACAAUAGCCACAUACUUGUGUGGAAGUAAACAGAUACUUGACCAAAAGAAAGAUCUUUCAACCACAUAACUACAAAUAGGAAAGAAAGCCUAACAUGAGAGAUCUGCUUUUUCAGCGUGCCCACUGCUUCACCCACCCGUAGACAUCUCCUGCUCAGAGAGGCUCUGUCUCAGAAAUACCCAGGAUCCCACUGGAGCUGUGAACACUGGUCAGCAAUCCUAUGCUAUAUCUGAUACAGGAGAAAAUCCAAAAAAGGAAGUGUUGAGAGAAGUGUUUUUUUCUUUCCUCACCUUUGCAUUCUAUAAAGGACUGAAAUGUGCAGAUUUCUUGAUGCUGUUCCCACACUGAUAAAUGACAAUACAAUAGUGCUUAAAUCAUUAUUCCUGAAGUUUCUCAUCAUAAACUUUUCCCUCCACCGCAUGGUAGGGCUCUGCAGAAAUCAUACAACUGAGGAUUGCUUGGACCCAGGAGUUCAAGGCUGCAGUGAGCUGUGAUUGCACCACUGUACCCCAGCCUGGGUGACAGAGUGAGAUGUUGUCUAAAAAAAAUCAUGUAACUGCCCUUGAUUUCCUUUUCUAUAAAAUGAAAAGAGUAAUAAGAGGCUCUUGCUCAUGUAAUAGAAUAUUUUAUACACAUUUAAGAAAUAGUCAUUUAAGAAAUGAACCCUAUGGGCAGACAGUUCUUAAGAUCCAUAAAUAUCACAUUAUUCUUGAUACCCAUAAUAUUAAAUGAAAGAAAAUGAUUUUUCUUUUCACUUCUUGAAGAAAAAAGUAAUAAUAAAAAAAAAGUUGAUAUGCCCUGACAAUGGCCAGAAGGCACUCAAAAAAAUUGGUCUCUGAGAAUUGGUAUUAGGGCAAAAAUAAAACAGACAAUUAAUGAGUGGGUAGUUUGUCAGAGGGUUGAGUAGGCAAUAUAAGUGCUAAUAUUAGAGGGAUGUGGCUAAUUCCAUGUGCCUCCAGAAAAAGGAAACUGCACUGGGGUUUGGUCAUUGAAGAAGAAACUGUUUUUAACAGUUGUGUCAUGCCUCAUUUUAUAGUUCAUUAAAAAAAAAAAAAGCUCUAAGACCAGCCUGGCCAGCAUGGUGAAACCUCGUCUCUACUAAAAAUACAAAAAUUAGCCUGGCGUGGUGGCAGGCGCCUGUAAUCCCAGCUACUCGGGAAGCUGAGGCAGGAGAAUCACUUGAACCCGGGAGGCGGAGGUUGCAGUGAGCCGAGAUGGCGCCACUGCGCUCCAGCAAAAAAAAAAAAAAAAAUAGUAAAAUAAAAAUAAAUAAAUAAAACAAACCCUCAAGCUUAAAAUAAGUGAAGACUCCGGAAUAAAAAUCUCCAUAUGAAUAAGCAUUCAACCCUGUACAGAAACAAAAACCUUCAAUGACCUGAGUCCCAUCUUCUCGCUAAAGGAGAGUUUUCCAGAGGUCCGGCAGAGGAGAUGUGGCCAAGCUUCAUCUGGGCGCAGGUGCAGCCGCGCUUCCGCAGGGAAAGAACAAUGUCUGAAGUGAGCCAGCACUGGUUUGGUGAACCCCAUGGCGACUGCCAGUCAUUUGCAGGCUUUUGUCUAUUCUUUGUGUACUGUUUGACUCAGCUUGAGCCAAAAGAAUCAGCAGCUAAAGCUGGAGCCUACCCUUUUGCAAAGAGCACAGUGUUUGAUGUUUCUGGACAUUUUUGCAAUGUGUAACCCCUACCCUGAGCUCCUGCUGCCUUACUAGCACUUCCACAUGAAAGUACAAGACUCUAAAACCGUACCUUCUACACACUAUAUUCCCAUUUAUGAGGCAAGCAGACAACGUUUUCUGACAGCUGGCUGUCCAUCUGGUGUUUGAUGUGUGGCAGAAAAGCACCGUGGGGUAAUAAGGGAGAUGGAUGUUUUUCUGAGGUGGCAACUCAGUGUUCCUGACUGCAGACUCCCUUGGGCUUCCUGCCCUUCUGCCCUGCAUGCUGCCUCUUUGCACAGGAUGCUUUUGCGAGCUUCCCGGGGGGAGGAGCCAAGAUGGCCGAAUAGGAACAGCUCCGGUCUACAGCUCCCAGCGUGAGCGACGCAGAAGACGGGUGAUUUCUGCAUUUCCAUCUGAGGUACCGGGUUCAUCUCACUAGGGAGUGCCAGAGAGUGGGCACAGCCAUCCUACAGGAAAUUUUGCUGACUCCUGAGCUAGAGAAAGGUCAGAAAGAGAAUGAACAGCAGCAGCAGCAGAGUCAAGAGAAAGAAGACAUGGCCAGAAGUCACAGGACAUAAGGACAGCCUUUGUUUCACCCUCCCCAAGGCUGAACCAGGAUUCACAGGUCCAGGAAUCAAGGGGUGGAAGUGGAAGUGGCACCACUCACCAUCACCCCUAGUGAUCUACUAGCAAAAUUUUUGCUUCCUUUUCCUGCGACAUUACGUUCUGUGGCCUAGAGGUCUUAGUUCCAGAGGGAGAAAUGCUGCCACCAGGAGACACAACGAUUCCAUUAAACUGGAAGUUAAGAUUGCCACCUGGAGACUUUGGGCUUCUCCUACCUUUAAGUCAACAGGCUAAGAAGGGAAUUACAGUGUUGGCUGGGGUGAUUGACCUGGACUAUCAAGGUGAAAUCAGUCUACCACUCCACAAUGGAGGUAAGGAAAAGUGUGCAUGGAAUACAGGAGAUCCAUUAGGGCGUCUCUUAGUAUUACCAUGCCCUAUGAUUAAGGUCAAUGGGAAACUACAACAGCCCAAUCCAGGCAGGACUACAAAUGAUCCAGACCCUUCAGGAAUGAAGGUUUGGGUCACUCCACCAGGAAAAAACCAUGACCUGCUGAAGUGCUUGCUGAAGGCAAAGGGAAUACAGAAUGGGUAGUAGAAGGUAGUCAUCAAUACCAGCUAUGACCAUGUGUCCGGCUGCAGAAACAGGACUGUAAUUGUCAUGAAUAUUUCCUCCUUCUUUUGUUAAAAACAUGUUUGUGCAUGUAUACACUUGUACUAAGAAAAUAUCUUCACUUUAUUUCCUUUCUCCUUUAUCAUGUGACAUAAGAUUUAUUGACUUCACAUCAGCAUUUAAGUAUUGUUAACUUUAUGUAAUAGUAUUUGGAUUGGGGAUGGGUGCAUUUCUGGUUGUAUGAGGGAUAGUUGUAUUGUUAGGUGUAAUUAUGACCUUAUUAUUGUCUUUAUUCGAAGAUUAUAUAUGAUCUCAGGAGAUGUGUAUGGGUUCAAGUUAACAAGGGGUGGACUUGUGAUGGUUAUAAUGAGUGUCAACUUGAUUGGAUUGAAGGAUACAAAGUAUUGAUCCUGGGUGUGUCUAUGAGGGUGUUGCCAAAGGAGAUUAAUAUCUGAGUCAGUGGGCUGGGAAAGGCAGACCCACCCUUAAUCUUCAUGGCCAGAAUCUAAUCAGCUGCCAGUGGGGCUACACUAUAAGCAGGCAGAAAAGUGUGAAAAGACUGGCCUAGCCUCCCAGCCUACAUCUUUCUCCUGUGCUGGAUGCUUCCUGCUCUUGAACAUCGGACUCCAAGUUCUUCAGUUUUGGAACUAGGACUGGCUCUCCUUGCUCCUCAGCCUGCAGAUGGCCUAUUGUGGGACCUUGUGAGGGUGUGAGUUAAUACUUAAUAAACCCCCCUUUAUGUAUAAAUCUA